UGCUUUAUAUUAGAAACAAUCUUACAUAGAAGUAAUUUGAAAAUCUAUUGUGAAUUUUGGACAUUAAUUUUAACACUUGAAUGUGAUGUAUUAAUAUUCACUUGAAUAAGUGUAUUGUUUAGAGACUAUUCAAGCAGUUAACAGCCAAAGAUUAUUUUCCCAUUGAUAAAUAAAUCUUUGGUCUUCAAUUAUCUUAGAACUCUUUUUCAAUUAGCGUUAGCUUUUAAGAGACAAAUGUGCUGUUGUGCAUAUUGUUUCUUAUUUGAGUGUCUUGCUAGCUUGGUCAUAAUCUUUAGUGAACUUGUGCUAUGACUAAGGAAUUUAGACCCUUUGGCACUUCUAUGAUACCAUGCAUUUUCUGUUAAUAUAUUUUAACAAAAAGAAACCUUAACAAUUCAACCCAAAACGCAGUUAUUAAAUGUUAAUUCCCAGGUAUCUAUCCUUUUGUUGUUGCUAUUAACAAUAAUAAUAAUGCCUUUUAGUGUUUUGUGAAGCACUGUCUUGCUUGCAUUUGUUAUUAAUUGUAUAGUUUAGGCCUUUUAUAAAAAGGUCACUCAAGGAGUAUUCAUCAUAAAAGAACUUUAUAUUUUGAAAAGCAUGCCUGUAAUAGAGUAAGAAUAAUAAGUUGAUGAUUGCACUUUCUUAGAAGUAAUCGUUGAAUUUAGAAAACAAAAUUUUUAGAGUUUCUCGUUGCUUUAUUAUUGUUAUUCCAGCUAGAAGAGUAGGAAAAAGGAAAUGUUAGCUUUGGUUUGGUUUGAUGAACAGACCAACAGCAGAGAUGAGAAGGAGACUGGACAGUAAAAGCUGGUGGUAUUGGUGUUGAAUUUUGGAAGUUUUCGUUUGAAGAGUUUUAGUUCAUUGGUAGGAGGAUGAAAAUGCAUAGUGACCAAGGAAUGACCAUAAGUAAGGGGCCAACUUUAAAGGCAGUCACACGAUUAGGGUUUACAAAUAGACUCUUCUGUUAGGUGACAUUUUUCUUUGUCUCUUAGAACUGACUUUAGGAAAAUAAAGUUCUAAUUUCGUGACUGUUCCUUUUAAUCUGUUUUAGGGCUUUGAUUAUGGUUAUCUGGCUUUCUAGCUGGCUUUCAAAUAUCUAGAUUGGAAAGGUCUUAACCUUUGGCCUCUCAAAGUUUCUGUAAAUCUCUGUAUGCAAAAUUUUAUGCUUGCUUUCAUUUUGGUGUGGAGUAUCUUUGUAAGUUUUAUCCUAUUUUCAGAUUAGUCACAGGGCCAUAAAAGAUUAAAGAACUCUGAUAUAGAUCUUUGCUGCUUCUUCCUUAGAGAAUCCUUUCAGAUAUAAGUAAGCAUUAAAUAUAUUUCAAGGCUAACAUUUCCUGAAACUUACCUUUAAAAAGAAAAGGCUUUUCUAACAUUUUAACAGAUUAAAUGCUAUUUUAUUAAAUGUUUCGAUUUUGAUUGCAGUAGCUUUUCUGAAAGCAUGGGAAUUUUAGUUUGGCAUUAGAUAAAGAUUGUUUAACAAUUGGUGAGUUUAAGUUAAAUGACAUUCAAAUUUUAGUAAUUUCAUUACUUUUUAAUCAAGGAUCAAUAAUUUCUUUUUGUUAAAUAUGUUGGUAUCAUAAUUAUAGUCUAGAUUUUCUUAGAGUCAACUAUGAUUACUGAUGUAUAUAUCAUUUUUCCUUGGUAAGGCCUUUAAGUUUUAUAAUUUUCAGUCGAGAUAAUGUCUAAGCUUUAGGCUACCCAGAGAGUUAGUGUUUCUAAAUUUGAAGGAACCAUUUUCAGUUGGUAGCAUCAUUUCCUGAUUUUUUUCAAUUAAAGGAGAUACGUUGAUAAAUAUAUAUAUUGAAAGGUUCUCAUGAUAGUCAAGUAUUCCCCGUAGAGAUCCUACAACAGUGCUUGAUUUAUAAAAGGUGUGUAGUAAAUGUUGGCCUAUUAAAAUAUUUAGUAUAUAAAAUAUAGUACUUUCUUUCCCUAAUUUACAUAGCUUAAACUUUUCCUGUUCCUUGAAUUUAGGGUAGUCUAACAAAUUUUGCUAUAGAAAUGAAUCAGCUACAAAUUAAAUGCAUGUGUACCAUACAGAUAAUUUUAAUAAGUAUUUUUACAUAUUGAGAAGUGGCUUGCAUUAGUUUUCCCCUUUCACCAUCACCUCUUUGUCAUUUUGACCCUAAACACUUAAUAAAUCACUCCUAAAUUGAUCAAAAUAUGCUUAUGUAUACUUUAAUAUAAAAUUAUAUUGCAUGGCUUUCUGACUUGGGUUUUUGUUGUAAAAGUGCCUGUUUUGUUCAUGUGUCCUGAGAGAACAAGCAUUGUGACAUACCUGGCUAACUUAAAAGCAGAUUGCCUGUGAAGCACAAUUUGAGUCCAAUUUUUUGAGGUAUGGAGUUUUAGCUAUCAUGGCUGGGUUUUUUACUCAAUCUCAAAUAAUAGGGCUCUGGUUAUUUUGCAGAGUAUCUCUGAAGAAUGGACAGAAUUGCCCUGGCUAACUACAAGCUACGGUUCACAGUGGAUAAAUAGAUGCCCGAGUGGUAAAAGACAUGGCAACAGGAAAGUCUAAGGGAUAUGGCUUUGUCUCCUUUUUCAACAAAUGGGAUGCUGAAAACGCCAUUCAACAGAUGGGUGGCCAGUGGCUUGGUGGAAGACAAAUCAGAACUAACUGGGCAACCCGAAAGCCUCCAGCUCCAAAGAGUACAUAUGAGUCAAACACCAAACAGCUAUCAUAUGAUGAGGUCGUAAAUCAGUCUAGUCCAAGCAACUGUACUGUGUAUUGUGGAGGUGUCACUUCUGGGCUAACAGAACAACUAAUGCGUCAGACUUUUUCGCCAUUUGGACAAAUAAUGGAAAUUCGAGUCUUUCCAGAUAAAGGAUAUUCUUUUGUUCGGUUCAAUUCCCAUGAAAGUGCAGCACAUGCAAUUGUUUCUGUUAAUGGAACUACCAUUGAAGGCCAUGUUGUGAAAUGCUACUGGGGCAAAGAAACUCUUGAUAUGAUAAAUCCCGUGCAACAGCAGAAUCAAAUUGGAUAUCCACAAGCUUAUGGCCAGUGGGGCCAGUGGUAUGGGAAUGCACAACAAAUUGGCCAAUAUAUGCCUAAUGGUUGGCAGGUACCUGCAUAUGGAAUGUAUGGCCAGCCAUGGAACCAGCAGGGAUUUAAUCAGACACAGUCUUCUGCACCGUGGAUGGGACCAAAUUAUGGAGUGCAGCCGCCUCCAGGACAGAAUGGCAGCAUGAUGCCUAAUCAGCCUGCAGGGUAUCGAGUCGCAGGGUAUGAAACCCAGUGAAAAAGGACUCCAGAAUCUAAAGCCAGUGGCUUAAGGCUACAGGGAGUGUAGUAAAGCCGUUGUUUACUUAAAGAUUUAUCAAAUCAGUCAGUGCAAAUGUCAGAUACAAUGUAUUUAUUUAAAAGAUUCAUUUUUUAAUCAUGAAAUUACUUACCAUCCGCAUUGUUUUAAAAAGAAACAAUAUGCUGGAUGUCUGCCAAUUUUUGCCUUCAUUACCUUUUUUGAUAAAGUUUCUCAAAUCCUUGUUUCAAAUACAAAUGCAGGGAUUGCUGCCACUUUUUUAAAAUUGAGGCAGAAAAUUGCACAAUGUUGAACUUUUUUCCACUGAAGUAGUGUGCAGUUCUAGUUUGCAUUCCUGAUAUGAUUUAAAACAUGUAAUAUAAAGAUGUAAAAAAAAAAGAAAAAAGGAAAACCAAAACUGUGCAGAGUCUAGAAGUUCUUUGUAAUCUUCAGCUUAUGCACAAUUCUAUUUUAGGUUUUUUUGAAAUAGGCAUUGUUUGAGCUGUCCCAUCUCCACUGUUUUCCCUUUGGGGUUUUUUAAUAUAAGUUAUUAGUUUACAUCAUUUUUGUAUCUACAUUUUUUUCACAAAUUUGUCUUGCCUUAUUAAAGUUCUAUGAAAUAUACUUAAAUGGAAAAAAAUGAUCUUUAGAUUGAAAACUUUUCUCAGAUGGAUUGAUAAUUGCAUUCAUCUUGUGUUUUAUAUGAGAAGGUGCCUCAAGAAUUCCCUGUUGAAUUUGUUUAAAAGGGUUUUUAUCUUCUGUGAUAAACUUUGCUGUGUACCAGGAAAUAUAAAAACAAAAACUUGUUACUAAAGAAAAUCUCUGAAAUGUGAUAAGUUCUUAUGGACCCAUGUUAAUUUCAUGUGUCAACUUCUACAUUUACAUGUAUCAUUUCAUUAUGUAAAAUGUUUUAGCAAUUUAAUAUUUUGCACAGUUAGCAAACUUUGUAUGUCAUUUCCUCCUUAAAGGCAUCAUGCAGAGUUGACAGGAGAUUUAUAAGGUUUUGUUUGCAUGUGAAUAUCAAAUACACACUUUGGUAGUCUUUGAAUACAAAGUCAUCUGCUCUUGUUUUUCAAGAACUUUGAGACACAAAGUUGUAUGUAAAGAAAUAUAUUAAUUUGCCAUAUCCUAGUUAUAUUUACUCAAAAAGAGUAAAUCAACUUGAUUUUAAUAUGUACAAAUGAUAGCUGUGAAACUGUAGAAUAUCCUUAUGUCAGGCUUGGGGUUUCUUGUGAACUCCAAAAUUAGCCUGAAUGACCGCCGGGCAAAGCAUUUUUUAAAUGUUCAGAGGCCAAAAGUUAAACAAACAAACAAACCGUGAAAUCCUACCUCCUUAACCAGCCUUCAAAGAGGAGAAUCCUCAGUGCAAUCAUUACUUUGAUUCUUUUGGUACCUGUUUUCCUGGAGUUCCCAAUUUUAUUAUUUUGGGGUGGCUCCGAGCAUUAAGAGGUUUAAUCUUUGAUGGCAUUGUUCUAGUUUUGAAAUUUCUAGUAUAUUUCAGUCUCUUAGAAGAAUUGUGGGAGAUUUUGUUUUGUUUUGUUUUCAGCGAAAGUCACAAACUCUCCUCUUCUUUGACUCACAAAGGGGAAGGGUCCCCAGUAUACAUAUUUGGAUGCUUGGUUGUUUUUAAGACCAGAGAGCUCCUGGUGUUUUAUUUAGGAACAGAAAAGGCCCAUGGAAUCCUAAGAGUUUCCUGGCCUGUAUCCUCCAGGUAGGAGCAGAUUACUCUAAGCUGGUCUCUAAGCCAAUACUCCUGUAAACCAGAGCCCAGGAAAGACAGCUCAUAAAUGUAUAAUUCUCUGGAGCUCAAUUCUAUGCAGUUGUACUGAUGUUUCAUCAAGUCACUGUGUAUUUUCUAAGUGUUGAUACAUUAAAAGUUGCUUUAUGGAAGAUGAGUAAAUUUUUUAAACACUUGGAAAUUUUAUUUCCUUGUUAAUUAACCUUCUACAGAUCAGGGCAUGCAACCAAAAGCAGCUUAAAUACUCAAAAAAAAGUAACAGGAUGCUGUUUUUAGAUUCUUCUGGUUUGUGUUCCUAUUUUAGGACCCUCACUUUUCUCUUAUUCAAAAGUAUUUUAUGUCCUAUACAUCUGUGGAUUGCAGGGUAAAUUAUUUGGGCAUAAAUAAUCCAAGCAAAAGUAUAGUUCUUCUUUCAUCUUGACUAUCUCAAGAAAUAACACUUUUUAUUAGCCAAUAUUUUCUUAUUGCACAAUUCUAAAAUGUACAUUGACUACUUUUUGAGAAGAAAGUAGCAUUACUCAAAGGCUUAUUACUACUGAACAAAUUUGCAAUUCAGGAACAUUGCUAACUUUGCUUUAAAUCUUACUCUCAGUGUUAAAUCAUUUUAAAAAUUUACAGUCUAAAAAUCAUACUGGUAUUAGUAUCAGGUAAGGAAAUUAAAGUUUUUUAAAUGGAUUCAUUCUCUGCAAUAUGCAUUCAGAUUUUACUUUAAAAUACAUCUGGUACUGUAAAGAACCUAAAGUGGUUCACACUUAAUGGGUCAUUAAUCCAGUAUUCUUUGCCCUGACUGUUUGGAUAUUAAAGUUCCUUUAUGUUUUCUAUAA